AUGUUCGCAGAUUUUAUCACCAGCCGCAGUCUAUUACAAGGCGCAAGGGGUACUCUUUUUAUUGCAGCAUUCAUUGCUCUUGAUGUUGCCAGCGCAGCAACAAUAACGGCGAGGAAGGAUAAGUGCAUUGUUUUUGCGAUGUGGUGUGAUCUGCUGAAGUCCUCAAAAUUUUUCUUUGGGGUGAAGUGGACGGCAAAACCUGGCCGGUCCGACGCACAGCGGGAAAAGAUUAUCACGCUAGAAAGAAGCCAAUUCAAUGCCAGUUCGUCUCGAGCUCCCAAAAUCCAUACCACGCAAACACCUAGCGCAUCAUCAUCACAGCUACCACCUCCAACUGCCACUGCUUCGACACUUUUCGCCGUCACUAGUACCACUGGGGCAUCAAGAACGCUCUCGCGUUCUCAUAACAUCGGUGCUGAAUGGCGCGCUCGUUUCGUGGGGUGGAUAUGCCGCAUGCCUAUUCAGAACGCAGACGAUUAG